ACCCAAAACACAAGAUGAGGCCGCUAUACGAGGCGGAGACGACGGUCGUCUUCGAGAAGCUCUUGAAGUUCACCGGCAACAACCUGAAGAACAUCGUCGAGAGCCCCACCCACGAGGGUCCGGACCCGAACCUCGGCCGCUACUGCUUCUGCCUCCAGAAGAAACGGGUCUACUACGUCAGCGAGGCCUUGGUGAAGCGCGCCACCAACAUUAUCCGGAAGAACCUCGCCGCGAUGGGCACAUGCGUCGGCCGGUUCACCCACGACGGCAAGUUCCACCUCACCGUCCAGUGCCUGGGCCUGCUGGCGGCGAACACCAAGCACAAGGUAUCGCUGAAGUGACAGUUGCCGGAAUCUGGAUUUGCUAUCCUUCCCCAUUUUUUAAUUUCAAGAUCUGAUGAUGGAGUCUUUUGACUAAGAGUGAUUAGAUGGCGAAGAAGAAGAACAAUAUGUUUGCAGGUUCGUCGCUUGGUGGAGGGAGACUCGAUCCUGCUACCACUCUCGCUAGAUCUGUUUUUUUUUUUUUUUUUUACUUUCUUUGCUGGCCGCUGUUGUUCAUGCCCGAUGAAGAAAGGGAUGAUUCUUUUUUGAUAGAGGAAGAAGAAGAAAGGGAAAGUGCAAAGUCAAAAUUUUCAUUAAUGUUGAGUUUACAUAUUUUGUGUUUUUAAUAUUAUUUUUUAUUUAAUUUUGAAUAUAAAAUAUGAGGUGUC